AAAAAUCAUUCAGGUUCGAAGGAUUUAAACAUUUUUGCAAAUGACAGGAAGGAAUUAGUGGGUGAUAGUGUUAGAUCUAAAGGAUGGCUAUCAUCAUGUGUUGAUGGAUUCAAAAGCUCAAAGAUUGCUGAGGUUCAGAGUGGGAAGAAAAUGACAGGUCAAGUAACUGUACCAGAAUCCAAAAUAAACACAGCCUUAAAGAGUUUGCAAGACCUUCUUGUAGCCAUUCAGGAUAUCAAGUGGUUGCAAGAAAAUAUGAAGAAGAAAAAUGGCUGUCUAGCCUGGAGACUCUCUCAAAUAAUUCCAAUUUAUGUUGAUGCUUUAACUACAGGCUGGUCGGCAAUCUUGAAAAAAAAGAAAGCUUUUGGAAAUUGGGAGAACUAUCACAAGCAUACCAAUAUUGCUCUUCUCGAAUCAACAACAGCAUUAUUAGGUCUCGAAUCAUUUGUUCACAUAAUUAUGCAUCAGUGGGUUACAAUAUACAUAGACAAUUAG